GUCAAUGAAAGUUCCGUUCGAACAGCUUUUACAGCCUUACAUCAUCAGCAUCAUCGCAGCGAUAACUUUUUCUAGUCUAUACGGAGUCGGUAGAUAAACAAAGAAAAUGGCUGUUUAGGCAGAGUCUGCUUAGUUUUUCUUCAGCCUUUUGUUAGUUUCCAGUAGGGAGAAGAAGAGCUGAGAUCUCGUUAAUUUAUUCCUCUGUCAGUUAUGGAGAACGGAAACUCAGUAGCAUCUACAGUAGGGAAAGCUAUAAGAUGCAAAGCGGCAGUUUGCAGAAGCUCAGGAGAACCCCUGGUAAUAGAGGAGAUUGAAGUAGCCCCUCCCAAAGCUGGGGAAGUUCGAAUCAAAAUAAUCUGCACGUCUCUUUGUCAUAGUGAUGUAACCUUCUGGAAGUUGAAAGAGCCACAUGGAAUUUUCCCAAGGAUAUUUGGACACGAGGCUGUUGGUGUUGUGGAGAGCGUGGGAGAGAAUGUGAAGGAGGUAAAAGAAGGAGAUAUGGUGGUUCCAGUGUUCCUGGCCAACUGUGAGGAAUGCAGAGAUUGCAAGUCGAAGAAGAGCAAUAUCUGCUCCAAAUUUCCGUUCGGGGUUGUUCCCGGGUUGCCGAGGGAUGGGACCAGCCGGUUCAGGGACUCAAAAGGGGAGGUUUUACACUGUUUCUUGAGUGUCUCCAGCUUCGCCGAAUACACGGUGGUUGACAUUACUCACGUCGCCAAGCUAGACGACCGUCGCAUCUCUGCUGAAAAGGCUUGCUUGCUCAGUUGUGGUGUAUCAACGGGUGUAGGUGCAGCAUGGAAGGUGGCUGACGUAGAAGCAGGAUCUACAGUUGUCAUCUUUGGGCUUGGUGCCGUGGGACUUGCGGUUGCAGAAGGAGCAAGAAUACGUGGAGCUUCAAAAAUCAUUGGAGUUGAUUUGAAUCCCCAAAAGUUUGAGAUAGGAAAGAAAUUUGGAGUUACCGAUUUCGUGAACCCAAAAGAUUGCUUGGACAGACCCAUCACCGAGGUAAUAUCAGAAAUGACUGACGGGGGUGCCGACUAUUGCUUCGAAUGCAUUGGCUUGGCGUCCUUGAUGAAUGAUGCUUUCAAUUGUUGUCGAUCGGGUUGGGGGAAAACAGUGAUAUUGGGGGUUGAGAUGCAUGGAUCACCGUUAAGUAUAAACUGUUUGGAGAUUCUACGAGGCAAAUGCAUCACAGGCGCCUUAUUUGGAGGAACUAAAGCCAAAACUGAUAUUCCACUCUUCGCCAAAAUGUAUCUGGACAAGGAGCUGCAUUUGGACGACUUCAUAACACACGAGGUGAGCUUUCACGAUAUAAACAAAGCUUUUGAUUUGCUUAUCCAAGAAAAGAGCAUCCGUUGCAUAAUAUGGAUGGACAGAUAGAGGAGUUGGAGUUGUUCAUCCCAACCACCAUCUUCUCUUAUCACAUGUAUUGAUAUAUAUUAAUUAAUGUAUGUGCUUUCUAUUUCAUCUAUAAAUAAAGGAUAUAUAUGGCCAGUGAUAAAUGACUGUCAGUGAGAUAAAUUAAAUAAUCUCCACUGGCAAUAUAUAUUAAUAAGAUAUAUGUGGGGAUUGUCCUCAGUCCACUUUUAUA